AUGGCGCAAACGCAACCCCCAACCUUUAUCAACCUCCCUCCUCCGAGUUCUAGGCCAGAGACCCCUUCUGAGAUGCCAGGCACUCCCACGAGCACCACUACUUCUCUUUCCGCCUUGUCUACCACCGCAAUCAAGGACGGCCAUCGUGGUCACUUCCCCCAAGGCCCUCUCAGUCGUGGCCACCAGCACAACCCCUCCACCCAGAGCCUCGAGGCUGAACGUGCCGAUCGCAUUUCUCGCCUUGCUGGUCUCGAGCGAGUUUCGACCCUUCGAGCACCUCCUCAGGCAAACGCUCCUGGAGCAUCGUCCGUCUCGCCACAGACCACGCCGACCUCUACGACCGGAUUUCCACCCAACUACCCUGCCUCGCAACACCUCACGCCUGCUUAUUUCGAUAGCAAUGGCCAACCUGUUGCUGUGACGAAGAUGAGCACCGUGGGAACUGCUAGCGCAACUGAGAGUCAUGUUGGUGACGGUGACGAUGUGCGCACAACUGCUGGAGAACAUGAGGAGGAUAUGCUCAGUACUGACACCAACUACCGUGAAGGCGAGUCGGUUACGAGCAUGGGUGGCUAUCAGGAUGCGAUGGAUGAGGACCUCGAUGGGACCACUGCUCGUUCUGUGGGUGGCUAUGAUGAUCGCAUGAGUGAUGACGGUUCCGCCUCUCUUGUGGGGUUUGGCGAGGGCGCAGGGAGCACCGUAUCUGGGCCUAUCUACCAACGUCGAAACGCCCCUCAAUCAUGGGGUCUUGAGAGAACUAAUUCGGGGCUUAGCGAUGCUCGACGCGACCGUGACAUUCACAUGGGUGGCGGUGAUACUCCUGUGAGUGUUUCUGCUUUACAGGAGCGCCGCGAUGCCCGCAUGAUGGACGGUGUGGCAACAGAUUCGAGCCCCGGACAAGCACUGGAGAACGACUCAUUUGUCGACACAACCUUCCGAGGCCCUGUCUCCGCAUCACAAUCUCAGGCUCAAACUACUGCUGCUGCUCAAGAGGCUGCAGAGAGAAUUGUGCAGAGGCUGGACAGGGGCGAAACGAGAGCCCCUGCGUCUGGCUUGGUAGGACCAGGACGGGGUGAUGAGCCGCUGGGCAAGUUUUACUUUGAGGGUGAAAAGCGCGAAGACUAA